AUGUCGGCAGCAAACACCCUCCUUCGUUCAGCAGUGCGGGCCUCAACCACCGCAAGAGCCGCCACUCGCAACGGACUCGUCCGUCGGCCCCUGACGAGGACGUAUGCCGACAGCAAGCCGCCGCUCGCACAUGGAGGUCACAAUAGGGGACUAAUCAUCGCCCUCGUAGGCAUCACAGUGCCCGCGCUGGGCUAUUUCACCAUGAUGCGCGAGGUGAAGACGGACCCGACCAAGAUCUCGGCGCCGGCGCUGGACCCGGCGGCCCGGAAGCGCGAGAGGGACGCGGCGGAGCCCGACCGGCCCAAGUACAUCCACCCGGAGCACGAGGACCCGGAGCUGCAGGCGCCCUUCGGGCGCGUCCACAAGAGGAAGCGGGUUGACGGCCCGCUGGACGACCGGAAUCAUCAGUCGUUGCAGGAUCGGCAGAGGCAGAUUUGA